GUAGCUUCGUUCGACGACCCGAAACGUUCGUGCGCUCGCGGCUGUUGAUGGAAUCCUUCCAUGAUGCCUCCACCUCUUGUCCCGCCGGGGCCUGGCAACCUGGGCAUCAAUUGGAACCGAUUCAAGUUGUUGCGUUGAAACCCACGGCUUUUUUCACCGGACGACUUGUUGUUACCUCCCUGGUAAUGGGAGGCCAGUUAGAGUACCUGCCUACCUAAGCAAGCAGCAAGCGAGCUGGCGCGCGCCUGCCUACCCUGCCUGUCGCUUUUGACUUCAGAUGAUUCCAUCCAACGUCGUUAUAAACUCUCUGUGAACCCAAUUGAUUGAUCGCGUGCUUCACCUCCCCCAACCUCCUCGCACCUUUUUGUUUCUCCCAGGUAUUUAUUUAUUCUCGACUGUAAUACACCUACCUGCCUACCCACCUGCAUAUAAGACGGCCCAGAGCAAGAUGGCGCCCACCCAACGUUACGCCGACUACCCCCCGGCCCAGGCGGCGUCCGACAUCAGCUACAAGACGGAGGAGGACAAGAACCCUGCCCUGCGGGGCGUGCCCCUGGCCAUCGGGGCUGCAAUCGUGACGAGGAGCCAGGCCCUCCAGAGGUUCCUGUACGGCAACGCCGGCUUCAGCAAGCUGACCAGCAUCGAUGGCCUGAGCUCGCACCGGUGGAGGUUUGAUCCGACCGUCAUACCGCUGGCCGACGACCCGAGCACCCCGGCGGCCGCACCCACGUUCGAGGAUGAGCUGCUCCGGCCGCAGGAUGCCGGGCGGCCCGGCCGGUGGUCGUCGUUCGCAGACUACCACGCGCUGUACCAGGCGGGCAAGGUGACGCCGCUGCAGGUCGUGGAGGCGCUGCUGCCCGUCAUCGACCGCACGCGGCCCGACCGGACCGAGUACUCAACGGCGUGGCUGGACAUCCACACCGACGAGGUGCUGGCCGCGGCGCGGGCGUCGACGGAGCGGUGGGCGGCGGGGAAGCCCCUCAGCGUGCUGGACGGCGUGCCCUUUGGCGUCAAGGCCGACUGCGAGGUCAAGGGCUACGUCAACACCAUGGGCAUGGCCGUGCGCCCCGAGUACGACUACUUCACCAAGCCCGCCGCCGAGUCCAUCUGGCCGGUGCGCAAGCUCGAGGAGCUCGGCGCCCUCAUGGUCGGCAAGAUGAACCAGCACGAGAUCGGCAUGGACACCACCGGCUGCAACGCCGCCCAGGGCACCCCCACCAACUGGUACAACAAGGCCUACUACCCGGGCGGCUCCUCCUCCGGCGCCGGCUCCUCGCUGGGCGCCGGCCUCGUCCCGCUGUGCAUCGGCACCGACGCCGGCGGCUCCAUCCGCAUCCCGCCCGCCAUCGCCGGCCAGUACUCGCUCAAGACGUCCCACAGCCGCACCAUGGUCAUGAACAGCAGCAUGUGCAUCGUCGGGCCCAUGGCGUCCAACGUCGCCGACCUGACCAUCGCCUACCGCGUCAUCGCCCAGCCAAACCCGGCCGACCCCGUCCAGGGCCUCUUCGCGCCCUCGCGCCCGCCCGCCAGGGGCGACAGGAAGCUGCUGGGCCUCUGCCACCCCUGGAUCGCCCGCGCCACCCCGCAGGUCCGCGGCUUCUUCGACCGCGCCGUCGAGCACUUCACCAAGACCCUGGGCUACGAGACCGUGGACAUCGACAUCCCCUUCCUCCGCGAGGGCCAGGUCGCCCACGGCGCGACCUGCCUGGCCGAGGCGGCCGACCACGCCAAGGACCGCGUGCCCCCCGGAAACGCCAAGGGCCAGCACUGGCUCGACCUCAUGGGCCCCGCGAACCAGGUCAUGACGGCCGUCGGGUCACAGACCACGGCCAACGACUACAUGAAGUUCGCGCAGGUGCGGGCGGCCAUCAUGGCGCACCUGGCGCACCUGUUCGAGAGGCACGGCGCCUCCCUGCUCAUCGCGAGCCCCAUGAUGCCGGACGUCGGGUACGCCGCGACCCCCGGGGACGAGAGGUACGGGUUCACGGACGGCAACCGCGCGCUGCGGUCCAUGACGUACGCGUGGCUCGCCAACACGAGCGGGUGCCCCGCCGCCACUGUCCCCGUGGGCUACGCGGACGUCGACAAGGGGGAGGGGAGGCUGCCCGUCGGCAUGCUGGCCAUGGGCAUGUGGGGCGAGGAGGAGCGGCUGCUCGCCUGGGCCGCCGAGGGGGAGGCGUAUGUCCGGGACGUGUACCCCGGGGGCCGGCUGAGGCCCGAGGGGUGGGUUGAUGUCAUUGGGCUUGCGCGGGAUGGGAAGGGGGAGGGCGCGGCGGUUUAGGCCCUAGCUGGGUGUGGUGUGGUGUGCCGGGCUUCUCUUUUGCAUCCGUCUUGACAAGGGGCGACUUGUCUUCUGCUCGGUGUCGGUCUUUUGAAGACAUCCUUUUCUGAACUUGUCUUUGUUCGAGUGUUUUGGUCUAGGGGUGUGUGAAACUUGCAGGGCUUCUGUCACUGGUGUACAUAUGGAGUUGGCGAUCUUGAAUCUUGAGUAGUAGUGUUCUCUUCUGCCGG